AAUAACUCAAAACUGGCACAGUGGUGAUAAACAGAUCGCCGUAAAACAUAACAAAAUAAUGAAUAAUUUAUGUUGAAUUCCAAAACUGUGGGAGGCACUACAUACGUUUGAUGUGACUGUAACUGUUCAUCAAGGACUUUGUUGAAUGAACUGGAAUUGGAAAAAGAAGGAACAAAAUAGUGGCGAGUUAGUACGGCCGAAGUCGAAGAAGAGCUCACUGCUCGGCACAGAGUCGGAACGGUACGGCGUGUCGCGGUACGGUGUCUGUCGCGUCGACUGGCUUGGUGGCCUGCAAAAAUGGCUCAGCAGUGAGGGAUAGAAUAAGAAAUUAUGACAACCAGAGAUCUCAGAAAAUCUCUUAAAGAGGAGAGCGGAGGUGAUGCUCUCCCUCUGCUUGCUCCAUCAUCCAUCGCUGAGGAACGUGCAUUUCAAGAGCUGAGACGGAAACAGGAGGCUCGCCGUAUCGAGGCAACCCGGACCGAGGGCGAUGUUAUUCUGGCAGAACGAGGCUAUGGGGAUGACGAGGAUGUAGAGAAUCUACUGAGGUUGUCGGCAAAAGAGAAGCGCAAGACAGCCUUGGUGUUCCAUGAUGCGCUCUUCUUGGUCUUGGACUACCUUCAGUUCUAUGCCGUAGUCUUGGCUAUUGCUUUGCGGUGGCCAUGGCCGUAUGCUUGGAUGCAGUACACCAGGUUCAUCCUCUUUGCAAACCUAGACAUCUGGGAAUUCAUAAAGCUGAAUACACCCACCAUCUAUGAAUCCACAGUUAAUCGGUUCAUACCCAGCUCCCUGCUCCCAUUUGAUUAUCGCUUCUUGUUACUGGCAUGGGGUGUUUUCAUCUUCCUUUUCAUCUCCAUCUUUAUUUUUAUCUACCUGAGCAUGUAUUAUCAGAGGAAGUUCAAUCUACUGCUGCAGGUUGCCAGGUUCAAGCGCACUUACCUCUUCCUUGCUCAAGUUCUUGUGAUGCCAGUUGGAGUUGCCUUGGGGAAGGUGUUCCAUUGCAACGCAGAGAACAAUAUGGAUGUCCACAACGAAACACCUUGCGGGAGUGGAGAGCACAUUGCAUACAUGGCAGUGUCGUUGGCCAUCUUCUUUGGGCUGUUCAUUUUGCUGCCUGCUUGGAUGAUCGUGAAGGUCAAGUCUCAGAUCUUCAAUCUCAAGAAGGAUAGCCACGAGUCUCAUCUCCAGCUCAAGGAAGCAGAGUACGCACACUCCCUGGACCUCAUCUGGGCUCUGAAACACUACCACAUGUUUUCAUCCUUCAAGCUCUUCUGGACAUAUUACUACCCUAUCAUACAUUUUCUCAAGUUCAUCUUCAUCAUCGCAUAUUCUGCUAUGUUGUGGUUACCCUCCUGGCAGAUGUUAGUCUUCGUUAUCCCUGUCCUCCUGUUAUUUGCUAUCAUCAUCUUCAAGUGGCCUUUUCGAGUGACCAGCUUCAACUUUCAGCUGGCUAUUAACCUCCUCUGCAUGUUGGUCAUGUCCUUCAUGGGUCUCAUGCAGAAUAUGGACGGAGUCGACUCUGUGUUCUUCACCGUAUCCUAUCUCUAUCUUGAACUCCUCGUCAUCAACGUAUGUUGGCUUGGCAUGACUGUCCUUUGGCUCAUCUACAUCGUUCUCCGCUACUACGGCUGCCUCUGCAGAUCGAAACCCUUCUGGCCGCAGCUCACCAGCAACAGCCUGGACAGCCUGGAGGAGAACACCCAGAAGUACAUGCGAGCCAUCCUGUGUGGACGCAUCGUCCUGGAGCAGGCACUCGCCUGUCCUCCACUCUUCAGUCCCGCCCAUGAGGUCGCCAGACAGAUCCAGAUAAUCAACGCUUACUGCAGGGAAGCAGAGCUCCUGCAGGACCCCAUCCAUGACACCCUCUGGGAUCUCCUGGAUGAACUCAUCGAGGCUCACAGUCGCAUCUCCCAGACGUCACUCUUUGCAGCGUCAGUCAAGGCAUCCAUCAAGGAAACUGCACAGGAGUUCAUGAAGAUCCUACCAGAGUUCAAGAGGAGACUGGCGCAAAGGGAGUACGACUUCUCCCUCAUGACAUCCAAGAAGCGACGCAUGCUGCUCAAAAUGUAUACCAUAGGAGUGUUUGUGAAUGGAAGAGGGUCAAAAUCGAAACCAGCUGCUACUAUAGAGGCCAUGGAGAAGCUCUAUAACCCCCAGGUGUCUGUUGUUCUCAAGCACAGAGGGGUGGAAGGUGAUGAUGGGCAUUACACGACCGAGUACGAUGACAAGCACUUAUCCUCUGGCCCAGCAGCCUACAGGUUCAAGCAACGGCAGGCUCCGGCUAUCAUUAUGGAGGAGAAGGAGGACGAUGAGGAAGAAGAUGAAGGAUUGCUACCGAUCUGGUUGAGACCACAAUCAUCUGCAUCGGUUAUGUCUGGUAUAUCAUCAAUGAAUGACGAUGAUGACCUUGCAGCAUUAAUGUAUGGCAUUCCCAGUCGUAUAGGUACCGCUGCAUCUAUGGCGGCCUACAGAUCACAGAGUUCCGGCUCUGUGCAGGGCAAGCCCUCGAGGGAUGGUUCCUCGGCAUCUCUUUCCCGGCCACGCUCGUCAUCCUCAACCUCUCCUCACUCUUCCCGAGACUCCCUGCUCCCGACCCGCCUUGACACCAACUUCCAAGACAUCCCUGAAGAGCUCUAAAGCAGAGAUGUGUUGAUUGGCAGCAUUGUGAUAGAGAAUGGAAAGAUGGGGAUAGUUUGAGUAUAUUUGCGAGUUCAGGCCUGGGCCCUAUUUCACAAAACUUGUCAUCAGUGACAAUUAAAUGACAGGUUUUGUUAUAAGCUAGUGAAAUCCUUGCUUUUGAUUGGUUAUCAGCAGAUUUGUCACUGAUUUUUUUUUUCAUUUGUCAUUGAAAAAAUGCUUUGUCAAAUAGGUCCCUGUUGUGAUCAGGGUUCUCACUAUCAUGGGGGAUAUCUUUAGAAUUCAAAUUUCAGAUUUAUUUAAAAAUUCCCUAGAAAAAGUUACAUAUACAUAGAUGCAUGAACUUAUAAAACAUAUUAAUACAAGUAGAAAUUUCCAACAUAUAUGUACAAUUAACUCUGCAUAAGUCAAAUCUGUGGGGACUCCACAAAAUAGUUAGACUUAUAAUGCAAAAUUCAACUUACAAAGUUUAAAUAACAUGUUUUGCAUAGUUUGGUUAAAAAAAUUGAUUCAACCAAGGGAAAAUUUGACUUGUGCGACCUCGAGAGAUGCAGAGUUAACUGUAUAUACAAAGGAAUAGGCAUAGAAAUCGAAUUGAGAGUCCUUGUUCAUUGCAAAAGAACCUCUAUGGUUCUGUCAAGGCAACAACCCUUUGGUCAAAAAUUCCAAAGGCAAAUCCUCCCCUGAGGAGGCUACCGACUUCAGACUUUUUAAUGUAAAUAUCUUGUUCUACUUUCAGCCUGUGUGGCGGAAAGACCAAUUUGCAUACAUGUAUUUUGAGAUAAAAACACCCCCAGAAAUUAAGUAGAAAACUUGCAGUGAGAAUUCCACACAUGGAGAUGAUUUGAUUCUGUUGGUCACAAAACAAAAGAAACAAAAGAAACAAAAGAGACUAAACAAAAUGCAUUAUAUUCAAAUUAAUGGACUUCACAGUCCUGGCUAAGAACUUAUUACUAACUAUCAAGGUGGCAAUACCAUCACACUUCACGGACAACUCAUUGUCUUUAUUUCAGCAUCAGUUUGUUUAAAGACAGAAUUGAACUUUAGUAGAAAUAUGUAGUAUAUGUGUAUAAAGCAUAAUUUCUUUUUCACUAAAUCUCACUUGUAUCUUGAAUGACAUGUAAUAUACAUGUAUUUAUAAAUGUGUGCUGUGUCUAGUAGCAGAAUUUUUGUUUUAUUUUUACCAGUAGAUACAUUGUAUAUCACUCCAAUUAAGCUUAGUAUUUGUAGAUCAAUGAAAGAAAGUAAGUGAAUUUCUUCAUCAUUCUAUUAAUUAGUCUUUCAAAAUUGUAAUGAUUUUAUAUACAUGUAUAUAUCUGAAAUUUUAUUAUCACACUUUUUGUUGGCGUAUCAUUUGUACAAGUUUGUAAAUCAAUAAAAAAAGCGAGUGAAUAUCUUUAAUAUUCUAUUAAUCAGUCUUUCAAAAUUAUAAUUAUUUGUAAAUAUAUCUGAAAUUUUAUUACCACAUUUUAUAAUGCAGAAUUGUUGAGCUUACAUGUAUAUUUUGAUAUCAGAAUCUGUUGCUUGUCUUUCAUCUGUAAACGUCUUUUAUUCUGAAAAUAAUUGUUUACAGAUUCAUGUCAUUGAGAAAUUACGCAUUUUAUAUUUUCACAUUUGUAUCUGUAUCAGGAAACUCAAUAUCCACCUUGAUUGAAAAUGUAAUAUUUCACAUACAUGUACAUAGCAUCUCGUGUGAAGCUGUUCUACAAAAGAAAACUUAAAACCAUUCUUAAAUAUGUAGCAUAAAUCUUGAUUAGAUCUCCAAAAAGACUGGUUCAUUCCAAAUGAUAAUCUAGGAAUUGUGGGAUGGUUUAAAACAAGUACCAUAAAUCAUGAUUUAGAUCUCCCCAAAAGACCAGUCCAUUCAAGAUCAUUUUGUCUAGGAAUCAUGGGAUGGUAUUUUGACAAACUAAUUGUUAAUGCACAAAGUUGAGGGGAGGGGGGGGGGGGGGUGCUCUUUUAGUUUGUCCCAACUAUGGGCUUGUUGAAAUAUGAUUAAAAUAAAUGUAAAUAUUCCAGUCGUGAUCCAAUUUUUUUAACGAUCUUGGCACAUCGGCACAAAGGCUGUUAGGUCUGGGGCACCGUUUCAUGAAACUUGUUAACAAAUGUGCUUUCAGACAAUCAAAUGCAACUUUUUCCUGAUAAGAAGUUUUAUGAAAUGGGGGCCCAGGACUGUCAGGAUAACAUCACUGCCUUUGAAUUACCGUUAGCAAAAUACUAUUUUAAAGAUGUACAUGUACCACAAUACAUGAAGUGGUUCUGUGAUCAUACUCCCAUUUGUUAAUAGUACUGCAUACAUCAGAGUCCGAGGCCGUAUGAGAAUACUUACAUAGCAUGUUAUGUAGAUAUGUUUUAUAUAUGUUGGUUGUAACAGAAUGUUUGUGAACUUCUUGUGUGUAUUCAAAUACUAGUAUUCCGUCCAUCUCAUUUGUAAACAAAUCAUGAUCAAUGAUAAUAAACACUAAUUUUUCCAUAUUUCAUCACAAAAAA